CACGCGCCGCAUGCCCGCGCAUCGUAGCGAUGGCCACCCGCUGUUGCCACAUGUACUCGAAACUCUCCGAAAUGUGACAAAAAUUGAACGCAAUCUCGACAAAUAAAAGUGUUAUCGGCGUGCUGCGGCUUAUCCUUAUCGCGCCGGCUUGCGUAAGCGCCGAAAAAUCGGUUAAAAUCGCUGGCGGCGCUUCGCCAAGCGAAUUUCCAUUUGGUGAGUCAGCGCGUGUAGGGCGGAGCGGCAACGGUGCGACCACGGCCCAAAGUGUAAUCGGAAGAAACGUCAUUUGUUUUAAAUCGUCUUCGAUGUUCAUAAACAGAUGUGUGUCACGGCUGGCGCGAUGUUGAGCAACUAACCGCGAUAGGGUGCAUAAGUGUUUGACCGGCUGGAAAACUUGUGUCGCGUUUUCGAGUAAAAACCAAAGUGGAGGGCCAAAGGACGGCGGCUCAGGCCGCUGACGAGAUGGACGACGUCGGCGGCAAGCGGCAGGCGACGCGGGUGUUCAAGAAAUCCUCCCCCAACGGGAAGAUCACGGUCUACCUGGGUAAGCGAGAUUUUGUCGAUCAUGUAGACCACGUAGACCCCAUCGACGGGGUGGUGCUCAUAGACCCCGACUACGUCAAGGAAAGAAAAGUAUUCGGGCACGUUUUGGCGGCCUUCCGCUACGGCAGAGAAGAUUUGGACGUUUUAGGUCUCACGUUCCGGAAAGACCUGUACCUGGCGGCAGAGCAAAUAUACCCGCAGGAUAACGUGACAAGCAACGGCAAACGCCCCCUGACGAGGCUGCAAGAGAGACUAAUUAAAAAGUUGGGCUGCAAUGCCUUCCCGUUCUACUUCGAGCUGCCACCACACUGUCCGGCCUCGGUCACUCUGCAGCCAGCCCCGGGCGACACAGGCAAACCCUGCGGGGUGGACUACGAGCUGAAAGCCUUUGUAGCUGAACAGCAGGACGACAAACCCCACAAAAGGAACUCCGUGCGAUUGGCCAUAAGGAAGAUAAUGUACGCGCCGAGCAAGCAAGGCGAGCAACCGUCCAUCGAGGUGAGCAAGGAGUUCAUGAUGAGCCCCAACAAGCUGUACCUGGAGACCUCUCUGGACAAGGAGUUGUACCACCACGGCGAGAACAUCGCCGUCAACGUGCACAUAGCCAACAACUCCAACAGAACCGUCAAAAAAAUUAAAGUGUCCGUCAGGCAGUUUGCAGAUAUCUGCCUGUUUUCCACAGCGCAAUACAAGUGCACUGUGGCCGAAAUUGAGAGCGAGGAGGGGUGCCCUAUAGGUUCAGGUUUCUCCUUAAGCAAAGUUUUCACUCUGACCCCUCUACUAGCGAACAACAAGGACAAAUGGGGGCUGGCUUUGGACGGCCAGCUGAAGCACGAAGACACGAACCUCGCCUCAAGCACCCUGGUGGCUGACCCUGCCCAACGGGAGAAUCUGGGCAUCAUAGUCAAGUACAAGGUGAAAGUAAAGCUGUGCCUGGGUUUCCCCCUGGGGGGCGACCUGGUGGCCGAGCUGCCGUUCAUACUGAUGCACCCCAAACCGGAGGAAGAGAUCCUCAACUCGCCCGCUAGACCGAUCUCGACGGAAGUGCCCGUAGACACGAAUUUGAUUCAGCUGGACCCGGUGGAAAACCACGACGACGACAUAAUCUUCGAGGACUUCGCUCGGCUAAGGCUGAAGGGCACGGAAAGUAAGGCAUGAGCUGGGCCCCGUCCGAUUUUCGCGCGUACGCCCCUGCGUACCGACGUGUAUAUCACCUGCGAUUAAGGCAGUUCUCCAGUGCGACCGUUCUAGUCAUAAAUACACACGAUUUAUAACGUAACGUGCGGCUUAAGCACUGGGUUGCACCAGCAAAACAAUCUUCAAACAAAAUUAUCCAUGUUUAGCGUUUAGGACUUACCUACUGUAAUUUUUAUUUUUUAAAUAUAUAAAUAUAUUUAUUGAACCGUGUGUUUGUGUGUGGUUCAUUUAAAAAUACCACUUUUUU